UAUUCACUAACCAGAUUGACCAGAAUUUCUGUAAUUCGCGUUAUAUAAUGGUGGUCGGAUAGGACCACAUUUGUCGUUCCCGGUUUUGAAUAGUAUUGGUGAUUACCUAUAAACAUGUCUUUCAGCAGAGUAAUUGUCCGAUCGUUCUCUUCCAACUCUGCUCUCCAGCAGAUGGUCAAGCCUCCGAUUCAAGUAUUUGGAAUGGAAGGACGGUAUGCCAUUGCACUUUACUCAGCAGCUUCUAAACAAAAAUCGUUGGUUAAUGUUGAAAAAGAUCUGGUUAAAUUCCAAAAUACCAUAAAUAAGGAUAUGAAGCUGAAUGAAUUUGUGAGGAAUCCAUCAAUAAAGCGAAAAGACAAAGUAGAGGCACUGAAGACUAUUAGCAGCAAAAUGAGUUUGUCCAAAGAAACUACCAAUUUGUUGGCUUUGCUUGCAGAAAAUGGCCGACUUGGAAAAGUAAACAACAUAAUUAAUGCAUUCAAAUUGAUAAUGGCUGCCAGUAGAGGUGAAGUUGUUUGCGAAGUAAUUACAGCAAAACCACUUGAUGCUGAUAUGAAAUCUAAACUUGAAGGUGCUUUAAACGGAUUCUUGAACAAAGGUCAAACUAUUAUGCUUACUGCAAAAGUUGAUCCUACUAUUAUUGGGGGUAUGAUUGUAUCUGUGGGUGAUAAAUAUGUAGAUAUGAGCGUUGCUAGUAAAAUUAAAAAAUACAGUGACAUCAUCAAUACUGCAGCGUGAUCAUUUCUUAUAAUCUUCAGUAAUAUCAGAAAAGAUAAAGUACUCAUUUAGGUAACAACGACAUGAGUAAAAUGUACAUCAUUAAACAAUAAAUUAUUCAUAGUCCAAUUAAUUAUGUUGACAUGUGUCUUUCUCAUUCCAUUGAACCAUGUUUAUACAUAAA